UUUUGUUUCAUUUGGCUUAAUCUCCCCCUUGGUGUUUUCUUUCUCUCCCUUGCAAUGCAAGUAACAAAAUUUUUCUAUAGGGAGCUAGAAAUGGAAACCCCUUGUUCUUCAUCAUCCUCAUCACCCCUUUAGAAUUUUCCUUGGAAAUUCUUUCAUACAAAUAAAAAAAAGGGAGGAAAAUUUUUAACAAAAAUAUUAAAAGGAAAAUGGUUAGAGCAAUAGAACAAGAACAGGAAACUUAUAAAUCCAAAUUAUUCCAUUUUAAAGGAAUGUUUGAGAAUACAGGGAGGCAUUCAAAAAGUCUAAGCAUUGAAAGUGCUAGCACAUUAGAUCCUACUUCAGAUGAUGAUCCUGUUUCAUCAAGAAGUCAAGGAUCCAAACCUCUUCAACAUGAUCCUCUUCCUAACAAGUCAAGAAUAAUCAAGGAGGAAAUUGUAGCCAAAGAAGCCAAAGAGAAGCUAUUACUAGAAAUGGAACAGAUGAAGGAGAGAUUUGCUAAACUACUAUUGGGAGAGGAUAUGUCUGGUGGAGGAAAAGGUGUUUCUUCGGCUUUGGCAUUGUCGAAUGCGUUAACGAAUCUGGCUGCUGCUGUUUUCGGUGAACAAAAGCGCCUCGAGCCAAUGGCGGCCGAAAGGAAAGCGAGAUGGAGAAAAGAAAUCGAUUGGCUUCUUUCGGUCACUGAUUACGUCGUUGAAAUGGUUCCAACUCAACAGAAAGGCAAGGAUGGUUCAACCAUGGAGAUUAUGACGACGCGACAACGGACCGAUCUUCACAUGAAUAUCCCGGCCUUGAGAAAGCUUGAUACAAUGCUUAUUGAUUGUCUAGAUAACUUCAAAGAUCAGAAUGAAUUCUAUUAUGUAUCGAAAGAUGCCGAUGAUCCAGAUAGGUCAAAAGGUAAAAAUGAGGACAAGUGGUGGUUACCAACACCUAAAGUACCUGUAGAUGGUUUAUCUGAUACAGCAAGAAGAUUUUUGCAGUAUCAGAAAGAUUGUGUGAAUCAAGUACUUAAAGCAGCCAUGGCUAUAAAUGCUCAAACUCUAUCCGAAAUGGAGAUUCCUGAAAGCUAUAUCGAAUCCCUACCUAAGAACGGAAGAGCAAGUCUAGGAGACUUGAUCUACCGGAAUAUUACCGAUGAAUUCUUCGAUCCUGAUCAGUUCCUAGCGACAGUGGACAUGUCAUCGGAACACAAAAUUCUAGACCUAAAGAACAGAAUUGAGGCAUCAAUAGUUAUUUGGAAGAGGAAAAUGAACCAAAAAGAUACCAAAUCAGCUUGGGGUUCUGCUGUGAGUAUUGAGAAAAGAGAACUCUUUGAAGAGAGGGCAGAAACCAUCUUACUUCUCUUGAAGCAUAGAUUUCCAGGGCUUCCUCAAUCUUCAUUAGAUAUAAGCAAAAUCCAAUUCAACCGGGAUGUAGGGCAAGCUGUUCUUGAAAGUUAUUCAAGAAUAUUGGAAAGUUUAGCCUUUACGGUACUGUCAAGAAUCGAAGAUGUUCUCCACGCAGAUUGCCAAACGGUAAGUCCAUCACAAGGAAGAAAAAGCAGUGUAAGAAAUCCAGUUCCAAAGCCAGACAAAUGUCCAACACCAAGAGAAGAGGUCGACAGGAGCAGCAGCGCGGAACCACCUUGUUCGAUGACACUAUCGGAUUUCAUGGGCUGGAACAACGAGCAAGGUGAAUCAGACAUGAACAAAAAGGAUCCCCUCGCUGUUUCAGAUGAUUCGGACAAAGAUACUGAUAGUGGAAAGCUUGGAAAACUUCCACCUAUAGUAACUGAUAAGAAAGUGUCCUACCUUGAGAACAUAGGAGGCAUGAGAAGUCCGACAUCACGCCAUUGAUUAAGCUAAAAAAAACAACAGCUAUAGCUUCGAAAGAGGGAGAGGAGCGAAAGACGAUUUGUUUAUUAACUCUAGAUAUAUCAAUUUUUUCUUCUUUUUUGUACAUAAAAAGAUGAAGAUACAAAAUCAAAAAGGGUUUCAAACAUGUUGUCAAUUAUGAUAUCCUCCUUGUAAGAGGGAUUUGAUGUAGUCUGGCAGAUACAAAAUGUGAUUCUUAAUUCUUUACAUGAA